AUGACAGCCCUCGUACCAGGAGUACUGAUUAAGCUUCUCCAGAGUAUGCAGUCCAAUAAAAAAGUUCGCGGGGAAUAUAGAUCAAUCCUUUUAAAAGUAAUCAGCAUUGUCCCUGCUUUGAAUGGAUCAGAACUGUGGCCAAACCUCGGUUUCUUUAUUAAAGUCUCAGGUUCUUCUCAUUCGACAUAUGUUACAUUGUCUAAAGAGGAGAAUGAGCUCCUAUUGAACAACAAAUUGCAACUACCCCAGUUCUUUUAUUUUGACAAAAUGGAGCCUGGUACUCCAGUUCCAGUUUUAGUAGGGGUGAGGCCACUUCCAGGGCGACAUCUGUUUUUAGGUAACCCGAAGGAUUUAAUGCAAAUGUUGGAACCCUCUGUGGUCAUUGUUCGAAAUGAUCAGGAAGAUAUAAAUGGUUCGAAGUUGAAUGUGUCACCUGAAUUGAACAAAGAGAACACAAGGAACAGAUUUGUUAUCAAAGAGCGAAAGAUGGUUGUUUCUUCUAGGUACAUGCGAGGAGUAUUAACCUCGAACACAAAGAUUGGAUGGCUUGGUCAAGGUACUGGUGCGAAAGGCAUUGAGAAUGAGAGCAGUGGAGCUGGUAAAAAGGCCAUACCUCUGAAUGGGAAACCAGUAGAGCUUAAACGUCAGGGGAUACUUAGAAGGGGAAUAUUAGCUUCUUUAGUAGCAGCAGAAGCUCAAGAAGAAGCAAAGGAAGCAGCAAAACUUCUUCAUUGCCUCAGAAAGUUUGCUGAACUGUGCACCUCAGCAUCACCAGAAAGUCCCCAUAUAUAUCUCUCCAAAAUUUUCACACUUAACGAUCUCAUUGAUCGACCCAGUGGUAAAACAAAGGAGCUAACCCCAGAUAAUUUUGCUACCAAAUUAUCUGUUCAAGAGAAGGUGAAGGAAGGGAAGAUGACAUGUUUCUUGAAUGGUAAAACUACAAGUAAGUCUUUGAAGCCUUCUAUCAAACUUUCUGGGGCUGAAAAGCUAGAGUGGGCAAAAGGAGACAGUUCCAAAGACAUCAAGGAACUAAGAGAGCUUCUUUUAAAUGAAAUUAAGUCUUGGUUUCUCAAAUUCUUGGAGGGAGCACUUGAAGUUGGCUUCUGGCAGAAUAAGCAAGAACAGAAAACAAAAGCAAGUGUUCCACGCCAAACAGAGUCAAAAAAUCAAAUAGCUUUCACAUUAUCACAGCUUAAGCAUGCAAAUGAAUGGUUGGACAAGAUUAUUUGUUGUGCUUUUUCAGUACAGAAAAGGCCAAGCAAAAUGGAUUGUUUUGCUUUGGUGACUGUUGAAGUUGGGCAGCCAAAAAGGAAAUGCUUAAAUACUAUUUCGGGGAAGAAGGAGAUACUCUACCAAAUGCAACCUAAAAGUCACAAAGACAGGCCACCCACCCCCAUUGGCCUAUCAAAAAGUAUUCAAAACUUGAACUGA